AUGACCUUGAGGAGCUUUGGUGUGGCUCCAGGCAGUGAUCCUGUGCCAGUGGAGACCAGUGUGUGCCUGAUUUAUGGUGCUGCGAUGGGCAGCGUGACUGCAGGGAUGGCAGCGACGAGGCCGGAUGUAUAUGCUUGUAAGCAAGGCUUUGAACUGAAAAAUAGUGGCCGAAUCUGCAAGGAUGUGGAUGAGUGCCAGAAGCUGGGUAGUCGGCCUUGUAGUCAGACCUAUAUCAAUACUGAGGGUUCCUAUAGUUGUACUUGUCAUGCUGGCUACUCACUGGAGCCUGAUGGCCAUGCCUGUAAAGCAACAGGUACUGAACCAAUCCUGCUUGUGGCAAUUCAGUGUAACCUACUCCUCUAUGGAUCGCGGAGCUUUAAAGAAGAUAUUCUGGUAACUACAGACAAGAACCUGAUUAUUUCAUCUAUUGACUACGACUUAAUGGAUCAGAAGGUCUUCUGGACAGACCUCGGUGCGGAAGGUAUUAAGUGGAUAAGCAUGGACACAAAGAAGAAAGGGACUGUGGUGAAAGGUAUGUCCCUUCAUGUAGGGCAAUUUCUCAUCUUGCCCUGACUAAAUACACAUAGCAUAGAAAAUAUAAUGAGUGGCCAUUAACGUUCUAAACAUUGGUUUAAUUAUAUCUCCUUAGCUAAAGGAAUUAAGUCUUGCAAGUUGGUUAGAAAUUGAAAUAUGCAUUGUCAUCUCAAUAGACACAGGAGUCAACCAAACUAUCAGCCAGUGACCAAUGUUUGUAAUGGCAUCUUCCUCUACAAAUAGUACUUUGGAGCAUUUUAAAGAAGACUGCUCUGAUGGAGAUGCAUUUACUAGUUGAAAAACUAAUUAACAUGGCAUGCUAGUUUGAUGCCCAUGAGCUCAAACCCAGUAAAAGCUAUAAUUUAAGCUAAGUACACAUGUUGAAUGGUUUCCUCUCUUCAGGGAUAAAAUCAGAUUUUAUAGUGGUAGACUGGAUUGCGAGGAAUCUCUACUGGAUGGAUGGGACAGCUGGCCAGAUUUUGGCGAUUCAGUUGACUGCUAAUUGGAGAUUAAUUCCCCCUAAUUCUCCUUAAAAAGGCUACAUGUAUGAGUUCCCCAAGUACACACUGGUGUGACAUUCAUCCGUAAUGGUUAAAAAAAAAAUCUGAGUACACGAUUGUCCUCAAUGAUGACCUGAACCAACCACUGUCUUUGGCUUUAGAUCCCCUAAGUGGGUGAGUGCAGUCAUCACAAUUACUGGUCAAGUCCUUUAGGCUUGUUUUUCCUCUUUAGUUCUUCUUUGGUUGUGUUCACUGGACACAGAACAAGUGAAUAGAAACCUUUUCUGACUUUACUUCAGGUUUUAUGGUGAUGUGGAUCAAUCACACACAUAGUAAUUUUAAAAUCUUCUGGAGAAAGUCCUUUAUUUCAGUUAAGCGAGAUAUAAGUUGCUCAUUUGGUGGCCCACCUAUACUUCCUUUGCCAAAAUUAACAAAUAUACUUCUGAAUGGAGAAUUUGUAUGGCUUUAAUAUUGCAGGAGGAAGGAGAAUGGAACUAGAGAUAGUGUUUAAUUUACAAUAAUGUGCUUGGUGGUGGGGGGUAGGGGGGAUGGAUAAUUGUGUGUUGGGGUUGAACCUGGGUUCUUCUAUCUAGAGUCCUUUCUCUCAGUAAAGGGCCAGGAACUUAAGAGACAACAUUUCCUACUUGGCAGAGCCAAGCCUUCAUUAGGACAGCCAUAUGUGUAUUGAAUGAAAAAAUAAGACAAAGCAAAACUCAGGAUUCAAAGGUAACCCAGAUUGGGCACCCUAUCUCUGCUUUUUAAACCUUUAUAAUACAUUCAACCAGGAAUCUAUUAACAUGGUCCUCAGGAAACUGGCAGUAGUUUCUGAUGCAUCUAAUAGCUUGUGGCCAAGAACAAGGUCUGGGGCACAAGUCUGUUUGUGGAACUAGCCUACUUUCCAGCCCGGAAAAGAUUGUCAGAUUCCACAGAUAUUUUCCAUGCCUUAGGGAGUACUGAAUUCCUUGCCUUCUUGUACAACUGUCAUGAUAUUUUACCCCAAAAUGAUGACUAAACAACCACCAGAAAAUAUCAAGGGAAACCUUUUACUACUUCACAAUUAUGCUUAUGGAAUAGACCAAGUUUAAGUUUGAAGAAAAAAUAAUUAGGCUGCAAAUCACUGUUUUAAGGAAUUAAUUGAUGUUAUUUUUUGUGAGGUAAUACUUUAUCUCAAAGCUGACUU